AUGGAUGAUUUCUCAGUUUUUGGAGAAUCUUUUAAAAAGUGCCUUGAUAACUUGGAGAUGGUAUUGGCCAGAUGUGAAGAUAGUAAUUUAGUGCUAAACUGGGAGAAAUGUCAUUUCAUGGUCAAGGAAGGGAUAGUCCUUGGGCAUAGAAAUUCAAAGAAAGGGUUGGAAGUUGAUCAAACCAAAGUGGAGGUUAUUGAGAAGUUACCUCCUCCUGUCAACAUAAAAGGAGUUAGAAGUUUUUUGGGUCAUGCUGGAUUCUAUAGAAG